UGAGCGUUGAUUUGAAGAAAAGGAGAGAGAGAAAAAACAAAAGCAAGAAGAAAGAGAUAUUUUCACACCGACGGAAUCCAGGAUUGGAAUCCACGAUUUCCAUCUGGCUUUUGAGGUGGAGAAAGCGAGAGUUAACAUUAUUUCAGAGUUUGUUUGCCAUUCGUGGCAAAGCGGAGAGGAAUUCAAUGAUGUUAGGUAAUAGAGAGAAAGAGAGUCCCUCCCUCCUCUUCUUUGUGUGCCACUGCCACUGUCAAUGCCACGAGAGAGACAGAGAAAAGACCCUUAUAAGAGAUCUGCUGACUCCCAAAGCAACAUUUGCAUGAGCCCUUUUUCAACAAGGGGCGCUCUCUCUUUGGCUCUGUAUUUCUCAUUCAUUGUAGAGCUUAGGAAUUGCAGGUUCUUCCUUUUCUUUGAUGAAAGUGAAGAUCUACCCCACAAUGGUCUCCUCCUCCUCUGCUUUGAUAGUUAUUGCUCCACUAUUGCUAAUGGCCUAUUGUUUCUUUGAUUUCGUGGCCGCAUUUCCUGGAGAAAGCCCUGAUCAACUGUGGCUGAAGAAGAAGAUGGAGUUUCUCAGGCCAUCUCCCUCUCUUGCCCGCAGACUCACCGCAAUUUCUCUUGCUCCUGCUCCUGGUGGCUCUUUUCCCCCGCAAAAAGGUCAAGCUUCUCGGAUUCUAUAUGUUACAGCUUAUGGUGCAGACCCCACUGGGAAAACGGACAGCACUGAUGCCCUCCUCCGUGCCAUCUCUGAUGCCUUCCGUCCACAGAACAGCCACAGACUCAUGCCCGGGAUUCCAGACCUCGGUGGUGCCCAAAUCCAUCUCGAAGGCGGCUCUUAUCUCAUCAGCAGACCCCUUCGACUUCCGGCCUCUGGUGGUGGAAACCUCAUGAUUCAUGGUGGGUCAUUGAGAUCAACAGACGAUUUUCCAUCUGAUCGUCACCUCAUUGAGCUGUGGCCGGAAUCUGUCCCGAAGCUUGACACCCGCAACGGCGAUGCUGCAAAGGCCUAUGGUGCCCCCUCCGGCGCCACCUUCCUCUACGAGAACAUCCGACUCAAGGACCUGCUUAUCGAUGCCAACUUCAGGGCUGGAGGCAUUUCACUCAUAAACUCCCUUCGCACCACCAUCGACAACUGCUACAUCACCCACUUCUCCACUGACGCGAUCCUGGUCCAAGGUGGCCAUGAGUCCUACAUCCACAACUCCUUCCUCGGGCAGCACAUCACA